AUGUGGAGCAGUGUACAGUGAAGCGGAGGCAGAGCGGCUCCGCGAGCUCCUCUCUCUCCACUUUCCCAUAGAGAACCCCUGACUGGCCGCUGAGGGCGAGCCACACACACGCCCUCGCGCCCGGCGAGCCCGCGAGGUCACUAUCAUAUGACAAAGGCUUUGCUGCAGUUCAUCUUCCUCCCUGUGUACUUUCCAUUUGCCUUCCUGGAAUUCUGCUGCAUCACAGAAGCUGGAAGUUCUGAUGUUCCAUUGAAAUCACAAUGGAAAGUCUUGACUUGACCGGCACCCUCAGGAAGACCCCAAGCCUCUAACGGUACCUGGUAUCAUCUCCAGCAUGUUUGUAGAUGUGGAGGAGUCACUGGGACAUUGAGAAAUACCAGAGGCGAAUUGUUCUGCUGUAGUCACAGUAAUGAAAGGCAGUAAUAGAAAUAAAGAUCAUUCCGCAGAAGGAGAAGGGGCUGGAAAACGACCAAAACGAAAGUGUCUUCAGUGGCAUCCAUUGCUAGCAAAGAAACUUCUUGACUUUUCAGAAGAGGAAGAAGAGGAAGACGAAGAAGAGGAUAUUGAUAAGGUUCAACUUCUUGGGGCCGAUGGUCUAGAGCAAGAUGUCGGUGAAACUGAAGAUGAUGAAUCACCAGAACAGCGAGCCCGGAGACCAAUGAAUGCAUUUCUCUUAUUUUGCAAACGUCAUCGCUCCCUUGUUCGUCAGGAACACCCCAGGCUUGAUAACCGAGGUGCUACCAAGAUACUAGCUGAUUGGUGGGCUGUUCUCGAUCCAAAGGAAAAGCAGAAAUACACAGACAUGGCCAAGGAGUAUAAAGAUGCAUUUAUGAAAGCAAAUCCUGGCUACAAAUGGUGUCCCACCACAAACAAGCCUGUGAAAUCCCCAACAUCCACUGUCAAUCCACGGAAGAAACUGUGGGCCUUCCCGUCUGACUCUUCAAGAGACUUGUCAAGCCCCAAGAAAGCAAAGACUGAAGAAAUGCCUCAGCUUAACUUUGGGAUGGCUGAUCCUACUCAAAUGGGAGGCCUGAGCAUGCUGCUUUUAGCCGGAGAACAUGCUCUUGGUACACCCGAGAUAUCCUCUGGCACCUGCAGACCUGAUGUUUCAGAAUCCUCUGAAUUGCGUCAGAAGUCACCACUAUUUCAGUUUGCCGAGAUAUCUUCAGGUACCUCCCACCCUGAUGUUCCUUCAAAACAAUGUCAAGCAUCAGCCUUGUUUCAGUUUGCAGAGAUUUCGUCGAACACUUCACAGUUGGGCAGUGCUGAACCUGUAAAACGCUGUGGGAAGUCUGCACUCUUUCAACUGGCAGAGAUGUGCCUGGCAUCAGAGGGGGUGAAAAUGGAAGAAUCAAAGCUAAUAAAAGCAAAAGAAUCAGAUGGCGGAAGAAUUAAAGAAUUGGAGAAGGGCAAGGAAGAAAGAGAAAUAAAAAUGGAGAAAAUAGAUGAAGCCAGGUUACAGAAAGAAGCAGAAUUUGAAAAAUCAGCUAAGGAAAAUGUAAGAGAUUCUAAGGAAUUAAGAAAUUUUGAGGAGCUGCGAAUGGAUGAUAUAAUGGGUAUAAAAAUGGAAGCUCCCAAAGAAAUUAAAAAGGAAGAAUUAGAGGAAGAUCAAAAGUGUAGUCACUUCCCUGAUUUUUCUUACUCUGCCAGUAGCAAGAUCAUAAUAAGCGAUGUUCCCAGUAGAAAGGAUCACAUGUGCCAUCCUCAUGGAAUUAUGAUCAUUGAGGAUCCCACAGCAUUAAGCAAACCAGAAAAGCUAAAAAAGAAAAAGAAGAAAAACAAAAUGGAUCGACAUGGAAAUGAUAAAUCCACACCCAAGAAGACUUGCAAAAAGAGGCAGUCCUCGGAAUCUGAUAUCGAGAGUGUCAUGUACACCAUUGAAGCUGUUGCAAAGGGAGACUGGGGCAUCGAGAAGCUUGGAGAAACCCCUCGCAAGAAGGUCCGCACGUCCUCAAGUGGCAAGGGAAGCAUUUUGGAUGCCAAGCCACCAAAGAAGAAAGUGAAAUCAAGAGAGAAGAAAAUGUCAAAGGAGAAAUCCUCAGACACCACCAAAGAGUCAAGACCUCAAGAUUUUAUCAGUAUUUCUGCCAGCAAGAACAUUUCUGGUGAGGUGCCAGAGGGUAUAAGAGCAGAACCAUUGACCCCUACGGAGGAUGCAUUACCACCCAGCCUAUCGGGACAGGCCAAGCCUGAGGACAGUGACUGUCACAGAAAAAUAGAGACUUGUGGCUCCCGGAAAUCCGAGAGGUCUUGCAAAGGUGCUCUUUAUAAAACCCUGGUGUCUGAGGGUAUGCUCACCUCUCUGCGAGCUAAUGUUGACAGAGGGAAACGAAGCUCAGGAAAAGGAAACUCCUCUGAUCACGAAGGGUGUUGGAAUGAAGAAAGCUGGACAUUUAACCAGAGUGGGACCAGUGGAAGCAAGAAGUUCAAGAAGACAAAGCCAAAGGAAGACUCUCUCCUUGGCUCAGCAAAGCUGGAUGAAGAAUUUGAAAAGAAAUUCAACAGCCUCCCUCAGUAUAGUCCUGUUACAUUUGACCGGAAAUGUGUACCUGUCCCAAGAAAAAAGAAGAAGACUGGAAAUAUGUCCUCAGAACCGACUAAAACCAGCAAAGGUCCUUUCCAGUCUCAGAAAAAGAACUUAUUCCACAAAAUUGUCAGCAAAUAUAAGCACAAAAAGGAGAAGCCUAAUGUUCCGGAAAAAGGAAGUGGGGAUAAAUGGUCAAACAAGCAACUCUUCUUGGAUGCCAUUCACCCUACAGAAGCCAUAUUUUCAGAAGACAAAAACACCACAGAGCCUGCUUAUAAGGUUAAAAAUGCCCCAUCCAUUCCCAGCACUCCAGAGCCAACAACAACGCAAGAACCCUUGGUGGGCAGUCAAAAGAGAAAAGCAAGGAAAACCAAGAUCACACACCUUGUCAGGACGGCAGAUGGCCGGGUAUCACCAGCAGGAGGUACUUUGGAUGACAAACCAAAGGAACAACUGCAGAGGAGUCUUGCUAAGGUGACCGAGACGGGCUGCAAUGACGAAUGCUCACACAACCGGGAGGCCACGGAGACGCGGAGCAGCACCCCGGAGAUGCCAGCCGUGUCUGCGUUCUUCAGCCUCGCUGCGCUGGCCGAAGUGGCCGCCAUGGAAAAUGUGCAUAGAGGUCAGAGAUCAACUCCGCUCACCCAUGAUGGACAGCCAAAAGAAAUGCCACAGGCUCCUGUACUUAUUUCUUGCGCUGACCAGUGAAGCGCCCUUUAAUUGUAAAACAUUGUGCUUUACCUACUACCCUAGCCUUGUCUUUACUGAGAGAUGCUAGUGAGUCCAUGUGGUGGAAAAUAUAGACUGCAAACAAGUGCUUGUUGCCCUACACGGCCCAGAUUCACUUGAAGCAGAAGUUGGCACCCUGGGCCAGUUUGUUCUUUCAGAACCCAGAGUCUUUGAGGGUGAUGUUAUCUGUCUGAUAAUGAGCAGAAACGGGAUGAUCCUAGAGCUUUGCUUUCUAUUGAAGGCUUUUGAUGGUAAUAGGUGGUAACUUGGUAAAAGGCUGCCUUUACUGUAGCUCAUCCAGCAUCUCUUUUACCAACCAGAGAGUGUGAAACUAGUUUCGUAUAUUACCUAGUUAUUCUUUCAAAACAAAAACAAAAAACAAAAAAAACAAAAACUGACACACUGCACUAGUUAUUAUUAGAUAUUCUUAGUCUUUUUUGUACAUGGAGAUUUAUGUUCUAAGAUGGUUUAUAUAAUAGGUUAUACCUACAUUUAUAUUGUAGAAUAAUAUUAAAAAGCCUGUUCCAGAGACUCCCAGACAGCACGGGCAGGCAGAUGUACCAUUGUUAGCGGUGUAUGCUCGGCCUUGUGGUCCAUAUAUUCUGCACUUUUAUAUUUGCCACCAGAGUGGUAGUUUGCUGGCAAAAAGAGAAAGAGAGAGAAGAAGAAAAAUUACAGUUCUUACAAGCAGAAGUUUUUUCUUAGCCUUGAGUGACCAAGAAGAAUUUGCUUGGGUCAAAUUGUGGCGAAUAUUUUCCCAGACAGGGGAAGAGUCCAGCAGAUUACAGAUUACUGAUGUUUUCAUGCCUUGAGGAUUCUUUUAUUUUUACACAGGGUCUGAGUGACCAAUGGAUCGUUCAUACAGACAAAAAAAGAAAAAUAUUAUUCAGAAGUGACCUUAGUAUUACUUCACUAUUCAGAACACAUUGAAGACACACCCACUUCGUGUGGACUUUGAGCUACAGACCUUUUACAUCCAUCCCAGACAGACUGGACGGGUAGCAAUUGCUAUGCACAGCCUAAUUGGCACUGCAGGUUUUUAGAGCCAUUUUGAGUUUUUGUGGUUACGGAGGUAUUGAUGAGGGAGGUGUGCCUGACCAGAGUGGGACUCGCAGUUAUAGAUCCAACCUGCAAGUUUCCUGUUUCCUUUUCAUGUUUUGUUGCUUUUGAACAUAAAACCAACCAUACAUAUGCCAGUGCAAGUGGAUUAACUGGCUUAGAACAUUCAACAUAUUGACUCCACCACCUGACGUUCACAGUAUCUUGUUUCUUAGCAACAGAUGCAAAAUGAUAAAUCAAAAUUAGUCGGCGGCUACAGAUUUUACAGGGUAUUUGUUCCAUAGCACAAAGUAUUUCCCCACUCUUGCAUCACAGCACAAACUACCAAAUUUUAAUUAUUGGAUUCCAGCAAUAAUUUUUACUGGUUUUCAAACUGGCGGAAUUUUGAUAGUGUUAGUUCAAGUUUGAAACUUUUGAAUUAGAUCUCUAAAUGGUGACAGUUUACAAGGUUUUAUCUAGCUUUCUUAUUUAUACUUGACUGAAUUGUAAUGAUGAUUUUUUUUCUAAUCGUAAUUUGACCUAAUAGCCAUACAAAAAAAUGACUCUAUUAGUACUGACUAGGUUUAGCUUUUCACGGUUGUAGAUAUUACUUCAGUUUCGGUGCUGGAAAAUAUGUACAACAUACUAACAGAAUUGAAAAAGAACAGAGAGAUUUGGGCGUUUUUUUUUCAAA